AAGCCCCAAAUAUUGCAUUAGACGGACCAGAAUAGCAAAACGCCUACCAAGAUUCCACAGAUAAAUUUGUCUUUAAUAUAAAAUAUUCUUUGUGAUUAACAAAUUGAACCAUAAUGCCUAUUGUUGUUGGACUGGAAAGAAACAUUUGCCUGUAAGACUCUACACAGGGCUUACAUCCUUCGCCCUGCGCCAACGCCUACUUGCUCCAAAUAAUGAGCCGCUUUGGAUUUUAUUUCAUUUUUCUCUUCUUGUUAGUGAAAAGCCCGAGUGUGAUUUUAUUCCUGUGUUUUGCCAUUUAUGUUUACAUUCAUUACAGAAUGCGUUAGAGCAGAGAGAAGCAGCAUGACAGACAAACUGAUGGGGAUAUAGGUCGUCUCUUUCAGCUUCUAUUUACUAACACGUCACGGAUCUGUCGUCCUUGUCUCUACGGCUGUUGAAUGGCGUCAGACCCAAGUGAUGGACUGUGCUGUUCCCGUCCCGGAGGUCAACACCGAAAACCAGGUCAGACGGGGGUGGUACCUUACCGGGCGGCGAUAAGACCCGCAGGAUUCUUGAUAAGAGAUCUUUAUAAAGCAGAGAAACACUGCUGAACAUUACAGUCCAGACAGAGGGCAGGACCCAAACCAACUGUUCUUUGACACAUCAUUCUUUUCAUCCUGAUGGGUCUCAUCCUGUCUGUCUGGCUGAACGGCCGAGCAGCUGACAGCAUCCCCUCACCUUCAACGGUCUUCCCUCCGCUGGCCGUCCCAACCUCGUCCAGACUCGCACUGACUCUGAGCUCCUCUGCAGUGCCUCCAGGAAACAAACGCUCACACUGGAGCUCACACCACCGCUCUCCUCACUUCCAGCUUUCUCCCUGCAAGCAGGAAGUGACACGCUCACCUGCCGAGCUCAGCAGUGACGGAGUCAGGGCCGAGGUGGGGGUGGAGAGUGGGCUCCAUGUGUGGGAGAUAACUUGGAGCCCUGAGCACAGAGGGAGUCAUGCAGUCAUUGGAAUUUCGAGGCAGGACUGUCCUCUGCAGGACUUGGGUUAUAAAGUGCUGCUGGGUGGAGAUUCCCUGUCGUGGGGAUGGGAACUAAAAACCAAUAAGCUCUGGCAUGGUGGGAAAAUAUUGGCUUGUUAUCCGUGUGAGAGUAGGAGGUUGCACCCUCCGGCUGCAGAGGGUUUUAGAUUAAAAUCCUUAAGCUCACUACAUAGAAAAGAGACAGAGACACCUCUCCUUAUUCCUGAACGUGUCCAGCUGGUCCUGGAUGCUGAUGCCGGGACUCUGGGAUUUGCUGUCGAUGGCAGCUUCCUUGGCGUUGCUUUUAGGGACCUUCCUUCUGGAGUGGAACUGUUCCCAGCAGUAAGCAGUGUGAGGGGUGGAGCAAGGAUUGAAUUACGUUAUCUGAAUGGGACCACACGGAAUCCUCCCGCCCUGAUGGCUCUGUGUGGACUAUCAAUUCUUCAGAAUUUAGGGCAACAAAGGCAGAACCAAGUGGAGAAACUGCCUCUGCCAGCUUUACUUCACCAUUACCUGCUUUCUUGUUUCUAAUUCCCACAUUUAUUCACAUAGAAACUUUAUUGCAGUUUAUUUUAAAUACAUUUGAGUAAAUAAAUGACAUUUUCUUCAGUAAAAAA